GUACGACCCUCCCUUGAAAAAGGCUCCCUCCACGAAAAAUUGAAAAACUGGUUCGCUGUGGGGUGAUACGGUAGAACCCUUGAGACCCGCUUUGAUACAGGUGACAAUUGUAUGUCUCGUUCUCGUCCGAAAUUUUCAGGAUAAUGAAGCUUGGCUCGGCUACAUUAAAAACUUUCGUCAUGGACGUAAAUCGAGUUGUUGAUAGUGCAUAAGAAUACAAAAAGUCAAAUUCCAACUACCCUGCACACGCUAUACUUUUUCCGCUUAUUAUUGGAGUUUUUUCGCCAUCAGAAUGCCACUCUAAAUACUAUUUAAACGUUUCUGAUUUUCAACGAAAACUAUUUUAGGACGGAGAGCCUGUUUAUGCCAGCAUUUUCGCCGUGUAACAACCGAGUUAUCACUUAGCGAUGAAACACUUGCAUAUGUUUACGGGCUGCACUAAAGCGAAAGGUCGCUAUCGAAAUUUUUUUUUACUAAAACUGCGUUACGUAUUUUAUUUCCGACUAUUCGCACAAUUUUAUACACGAAUUUAACUAGGCCUUAGUACAAUUCAGACCCACAGACACUUUAUAAUUGUACCGCGCUUCACAAGAUCCAGGCGAUCGUAAAAAUUGAACGGAGAACUCGCGCGCUAUUGCUGUGUCAACUCGAGACAUAGGCCAAAAUACACUUACAAGUCCUACGUCACAGCAAGCUCGUCGAGAAAUAAAUGUCUUUGCUGACCCUAUUACAUUUAUUUUUCAGAAUUAAGAAAAGAAGAUGUAUCUGUGACCAAAGAAAAUGACGUAGUAUCAGUAACAUGGAAAAAUGCACCUAAUUUUGAUCAUUGCAACAUUACACUUCAUUUGGACAUAUUUGAUACUACUGGCCAACUAUAUUCAGCAAACACGUCUUUUCCCUCACACGACAUUAUAUUUCCAUUUAUUGGGUGUAAAGUUUACAACUUGUCGCUUGUGGCUACUAUGAACGUUUCAAGCGUCGUUCGAGUAACGUUCCCAAUUGCGUUUACUAAAGAGCCCUCCCCACCUACCUGUAAGACGGCGGAAAUAGGCACCUCAUUCGCAGUUUUGGAAUGUGCGCUGAAUGAUGAAGAAAGUCAGUGCGAUCUUUCAGAACUGAUAAUCGAUUGCAAAACCGAAAGUGGGCAAGAAAUGAGAAAAAUUGUGAAUGCAGAUCUCAUUAGUGUGAGAAUCGAAAAUAUGACCGCGUGCACCAAUUACACUUGCGUCGCAAUUGUUAAAGGUAGCGAUGGGCAAUUAUCGCAUCCCAGCACUUCCAUACCCAUAGAGACAAAGGAAGGAGUACCAGACCCACCAACACUCCACAAUGUGUCUUCCAUUACAAAUACGUCGUUUGUUAUUCAGUGGGCGGCACCUACGAAUAUCAACGGUGUAUUAACACGGUACCGCAUAACCGUGGCCCCAAAAAAUGCACGUUAUUACAUUCCCCAAAAUUGUUCCUUCGACGAUCGUAUUCCUCAAGAAUACGAAGCUGAUCCUGAAAUUAGCAGUCUUACUGUUGCGGAUGCGCUUUCCUACUAUGAAUAUGAGGUGUUUGUUGAAGCGAAGACAUUUGCAUAUGGACCACGAAGUGAAGUGAAACGAGUGUUAACCACUGGAGGAAUACCCGGUGAACCGCAAGAUGUUGUCUUUGAUCUGAUAGACGACAAGAGAGUUGCCAUAAGGUGGAGGUAUCCAUGUCCGGCAAAUGCAGCAAUUGACCACUUUCAUAUUCAGCUUUUUGGAGAUCCUCAGGCCGACUACCAGGUGCCGCAAACCAAUUCUACCCAUGGGACUCUUGCGACGAAUACAUCAAGCUACCAUUUUAUCUUUAUUAACUUACAACCUGCGUUUAAUUAUACCAUCGCCUUGAAAUCUGUAAGCGUAUCGGAUAAUUUAGAGAGUGCUACAGUUGUGGGUAACUUCCAAACGCCCGAGCAUAUUCCAGAAUCUCCCACAAUAAAAACCGUGACGAAAGUAACCGCAAGAGCGUUUACCAUAGAAUGGGAGGAACCAGUUAGAAAAAAUGGCAAAAUUGUCGGGUAUUACCUUCACAUAUUGAACAACGGUCCGAACCAUCUGAUCCCUACACUGUGCGCCAAGGAUACAAACGCUUACGAAUACUUCGUCGGUCCGAGCAUUUUAUCUUACAGGUUCGAAAAAGGCACGCCCAAUUACAAUUACACGAUCGCAAUACAGGCCGCUACAAAAGCAAAAAAUGGCACAUUGAGCGACCCGUAUAAUGUCGUUACGAGUGACUCAGAAUCAGAAGAGGUACGGGACAUAAAGAUUGUAUUCAUUAACAAGCAACAGGAGUACUACAACGGCCAUAUUAACAUUAAUUUCCAAGUUCCUUGCAACACGAACGGUCAUUUUGAACGAAUAACUGUAAUACUGAUUGGCAAUCGAGCCGACAAAGAAACCCACAAAGUUACACAAAGCAUAGACUCGCUGAUUCCCGAGUAUAAUUUUUUAAUAAACGUGCAGGCCGAAUACCACUACGAGUUAACUGUGCAGGUGGUUACCACAAACUUUAUCACACCUACUGUACAAUAUUUUACGAGCCCAUCGGGUGUGCCACCGCUUGGAGUGUACCUUCUGCAAAAGCCAACUCAAGUAACUCCAACGCUGGCCAAAGUAAACAUAUCAAAGCAGCUGUUCGAUGACAUAGCGGGUGAUGUGGUAUAUUAUUCUGUUAUAAUCGGGCAGCCACCUCACGAGGAAGAACCGAAAUAUGGAUUUUGGAAAGGGGACAGUACAACGUGGCCAGAAAUACUCGCCGUUAAUGCGUUUGAGCUAACACCUAAGUUUUGGAAUCCGUUCUUAAAUGGCAGCAAGUCAGUGUACACCUGUGUAAUAGGCGAAGAGGACCAGUAUGCAUUGCACACAAAUGUAUUAUAUGCGUUAAAAGUUAGAGGGUUUACGAAGGAUGGCUACAGAGAUACUGGUAGUGUCACAUUCCAACUAACAGAAGAUUACAACUCAACUGCACUCAUAUUAGGCUCAAUCUUUGGCGUACUCGGUAGUGCAAUGUUAUUAGUAAGCGUUUGUAUAUUAUGGAGGAAGAGAAGGAAAUGGGCCAUGGCAAAAGAAUCGGUGAAGUCAAUACCAUUGUCACCAAUUCCGAUAUCGAUUAAAGGAUUCCCACAGUAUUACAGUGAACUGAACGGUGAUGCGGAGAAAUUAAAGCACGAAUACAUGCUGCUUACAAGUAAAAGCAAUGAAAUAACGUUGAGCAACUCUGUUGGUGUAAUGGCACAAAACAAAAAGAGAAAUCGAUACACGAACGUUAUCGCCUAUGAUCACUCGCGAGUCAUUUUAAAGGAAGUUGACGAUUCUGGUACGGACUAUAUCAAUGCUUCUUACAUACAGGGCUUUACUGGUAAUGUUGAGUACAUUGCUACACAAGGGCCAUUAGAGCAGACUGUGAUUGACUUCUGGAAAAUGGUGAUUCAGGAGAAUGUGUCUUUGAUCGUAAUGGUAGCUCAAUUUGUUGAACAAAACAAAGAUAAAUGUUAUAAAUACUUCCCUAAUAACCACGAGAAUAUGGAGUUGGCAAACGGCUUUACAAUACGCUGCUGCACCGAAUUGAAUUUUAACACUUACAUCGUUCGAACUAUAACAAUUCAAAAUGAGAUAAAGCAAUGGACGAUCACACACCUUCAGUUUACAGACUGGCCCGAUUUUGGGUGUCCCAACGGAACAGAAAUCAUGCUCGAGUUCUGUCAGUUAAUGAGGGAAUACGCCGAAAAAACGUCCGCGCCGAUAGUACUGCAUUGCAGUGCAGGGGUUGGUAGGACGGGUACUCUAAUAGCUUUAGAUAUACUAUUACAAGCUAUACAUGAUAAUAAAGAUAUUGAUAUUUUCAAUACAGUUUUAAAUUUGCGAAGGGAUAGGAAAAAUAUGGUUCAAACUGAGAAGCAAUAUUUGUACAUACAUAGCUGUAUAAAUGAUGCGAUUGAAAAUCCGCUACCUGUUAGUAAUGGACGAACAAAUAUGGAACCUAUAUAUGAGAAUGUAGAGGAUAUUAAAAAAGAAUUGAACGAGCAUACCAUUACAGAAAGCCAGUUUUAAAACAUGCAAGAUUAAUCACGAAAUUUUUCAGCUACAAAACUUGGCUGUGAUUUUUAUAUGUAGGAAGGUAACAUUAAUUGUUUAACACAUAAUAACGCUUUCAGUAUUUGUUUCCAUGUAGUUUGUAAUAUUAUUACGAGAGAAAAGUCGUAUGAAGUUUGUUACAAAUUGAUGAGAGUAGGUACCUAUAUUUAUUGUUAAAAAAUUGAGUACAUACAAUCUAUUUUAAUGUAUUUAUUGUAAAUAAAGUGCA